AUGGAGGGUUGCAGCCAUUUGUCAACUUCCAAAGGUGUUUGCACAUCCUGUGGAUUGUGUCUGGAAGCAGAGGAUGGCUAUGUGCCAUCAUAUGCAUUCCGCUCAUUUAUAGCACCAAAAAAGAUGAAAUAUCUUGCAAGUGAUAGGUCUGGGAGAUACAACAAAGAUGUGGAAUCGUUGGUUAACAUUUUAAAUGUUUCGGGCUAUUUUGACGAAGUUAGGCAGGUCUUGGAGACCAAAAGGUUCAAGCAGAGAGUCGGCGUCAAUGACAAGAUACUAUCAAUAAUAUACAAUGUGCUUAGGAGACAUCACUAUCCGAUAUCCUAUAGUGAUCUGAAUCCCUUUACGGAAAGGACAGGAUUGAGGUUCAAGAGAAUACUUUUAAGAGAGUUUGAGCAUGUAGAAGCGUCUUUUGAAUAUCUUUCGGCUAUUUUUGACAGAGUAAGGGAUUUUUAUUCUACACAAGGAUUUGAGGGAAACUGCACUCUAAAGAACUUUAUUUCAGUAUGCAAGAACAACGAGGGAGUCAAUCCUUAUAGCCUUUGCUUGGCAUACUUCAUCAAGGAUAGCAAUUUGCCAAACUCCUAUAGAAAGUUUAAUCUUGAAAAGAUCAUGAGCAUGUCCUCUUUGAGGAGGAUGAUGAAGAAAAUUAAAGAAGCAGAAUCACCAACUGCAGUGCCUGUGGCGAAAAAAAGACUAAGAGUCAAAGAUGAUGCGAAGAAAUACCUUAUGAGGAAGUUGCAGGAAACGCCAUAA